AGUCUAUAAACUGUAGCAAUAUGCACACAAGGUCUUUACCUAAGAGAGCCAAAUGUCCAUGAGAAUGAGUCUCCUUCGUGAAAAUGUACGCGCAGCAGACACUGUGACAGAGACAGACUCGUGCGGACCGAGCGCACCAAGCAGGCGUCCUCGCUCCGGAGCUCCAGUCGGAUAUCUCGCCUCUUGAUAGCAUGUUGUGAUAGAAAUCAAUUGCCGUCGCAAGCAAAAUGAUGAAGCAAUAACAUAACACACACUGUAAGUUGCAGUGUUAGCUAAGUUUGAGCAUGGCAGAUAGAAAGGGAAAACCUGUUACUCCAAUCAAAACACGGACGAAAAAAGAACAAGAGCAGCUUAAGAAAAAGGAGGAAGAAAAAGCAGCAGAGGUUUUUGAAGAAUUCUUGGCGUCAUUUGAGACCAGUGAAAAAAGCGGAGUGAAAACUUUUGUCCGUGGGGGCAUCGUGAAUGCAACUAAAGAGGAGGAAGCAGAAGAGGUCAAGAAAAGUAAGCUGUAUCGACCUGCUACGAAGCUUGUCCCCGUGCCCCAGCAUGUCUCACCGGUGUCAUCUGCUGAAAGCAAAAAGUCUACAUUUAAAAGAAAGACAGAAGAAAAGAAGAAGAGCAAUCUCGAACUCUUCAAAGAAGAACUUAAGCUAAUACAAGAAGAGCGUGAGGAAAGACAUAAAAGGAAGAAAAAUGAUCCUGGUGGAGGAGGGGGAGGAGGAGGAGGAGGAGGAUUUGGAGAUCUGGACAUACCGUCGGGACGAUCAACAUUAUAUGAUGACCUUACAGUGCCAAUCACCACUAACCUCUACAUAAGCUGCAUUAGCCCAAAGAUGAACGAGGAGAUCCUCUGCAAAGAGUUUGGUAAGUAUGGCCCACUGGCCAGUGUGAAGAUUAUGUGGCCCCGAACGGAUGAAGAGCGCUGCAGGACCUCCAACAGAGCCUUUGUGGCUUUCAUGACAAGGAAAGAUGCAGAGAGAGCCUUGGCUGCACUUGAUGGUAAAGUAAUUAUGGGGUUUGAAAUGAAGCUUGGAUGGGGUAAACCAGCUCGCAUUCCACCUCAGCCUCUCUACACACCAGUAGGGGUGAGGGCCACACCGCCGCCCCCAUCUGGUCUGCCUUUCAAUGCUCAGCCAAGGGAUCGCUUCCGCAAUGACUUCACCAAGCCGCUGGGCGUGUCCAAAGGGGAUCUAGACAAGAGUCUGUCCGAAGCCGUAGUCAAAGUGGUUAUCCCAACAGAAAGGAAUCUAUUAUUCCUUAUUCACAGGAUGAUAGAGUUUGUGGUGCGUGAAGGCCAUGUGUUUGAAGCUGUAAUAAUGAACAAGGAGAAAAACAAUCCAGAUUACAGGUUCCUUUUUGACAACAAAAGCCAAGAUCACGUGUACUAUCGCUGGAAGCUGUUCUCCAUCCUGCAGGGAGAGUCCCCGACAGAGUGGAGGACCACAGAUUUUCGUAUGUUCCGGGGAGGCUCCAUAUGGAGACCCCCUUUCCUGAACAGCUACUCUCAAAGAGGUGAAGAUGGGGCAGAGGUGGAGGAGGAUGCUUCCCCUGAGGAGGAGGUGAAGAAAGGGCAGCUCCGAGCUGAGCACAGACAGAGGCUGGAAACGUUGCUUAAAGAGCUUAGUCCAAGCAGAGAAGAUAUUGCCAAUGCCAUGCUGUUCUGUCUCGAGCGAGCAGAUGCAGCAGAGGAAGUAGUGGGACACAUCACUGAGUCUUUUUCCUUGCUUCAGACACCCCUUCAGAAGAAGAUUGCCAGAUUGUAUCUCGUGUCAGACAUCUUGCACAACUCAUGUGCCAAAGUAGCCGGUGCAUCAUAUUAUCGUAAAUAUUUUGAAGCAAAGCUAACACAGAUAUUUGGAGACCUCAAUGCAGCGCACAAAAACAUACAAGCCAGGCUGCAGGCUGAACAGUUUAAGCAAAAGGUCACGAGUUGUUUUAGAGCUUGGGAAGACUGGGCCAUAUACCCAGAGCCUUAUCUAAUCCACCUUCAAAACAUCUUUCUGGGCUACACCAAAACAGCUGAGGAGCCGACAGAGACAGCCGAGGAAGUAUCCUGCCGUCUCGAUGGUGCGCCAAUGGAAGGCACACCUAUAGGUGGGUUGCCUUUGAACAGAACCCCCGUGGAAGACCUCGACGGCUGCCCCAUGGGCUGGGACCCUCUGGAUGGAGUCCCUGUUGACGACAUAGAUGGUGUUCCCUUAGGAGUCGCCAUUGAUGACAUUGAUGGAAUGCCCUUGGAUGAGAGCAAUGUUCCUCUCUCCAGAUUGCCUUUGUCUAAGUGGGAGAAGACUGGUGAUACUGGGGCAUUUUCUCAAGCCAAGACCGAGUCUAAGUGGGACAUGGUGGUGGAGAAACACAGUGAAGAUGAAGUAAAUGUAAGUGUCAACUCACAGGAUGGAGACGAGGACUCAGAGAGUGACGGCACUGAUGAGUCCUGCAGUUUGUCCAAAUAUGACAGUGCAGACUUCCAGAGCUCCCUCAGAAGUUUUCAGAUGUCUGAGAGCAAAAGGAAAAGGCUGAGAGAGCUGGAGGUAAAGGUUAUGAAGAUCCAAGAUGAGCUGGAAUCUGGCAAGAGGUCAAGGAGGUCUGGAAUGAGCAUACAACAACAAGUGGAGCACUACAGGAACAAGCUGCUACAGAAGGAAUUUGAAAAAGAUGAAGAAAAGAAUAUGACAAUGACAUCAAAGUCUAAAGAAAAGUCAAAGGAUGACAGAAAGGACAAAGAAAGGAGCAAAAGAAGUGAAGACGGGGACAGAAGACGACGAUGGAGUAGAGAUCCUGAUGACCGGACCAGAAAAUCCACAAGCAUCUCUCCUUUAAAGACAAGGUCUCCCAAAUGGUCCAAACGUUCCCGAUCACCAUCUCCAGACCGGAAGGCAGGGAAGUCCAGCUCACGGUCACCACACCGCUCCCACAAGAAGACAAAGAAGAGCAAACAUUGACUCAACUCUGGACCUCGUCAUCCAUUGGCUCCUGCAGUGCUCUUUUAAACAGACUGGCGUGUCUGUUGUCUUGGUCCCAACUUUCACUAUCCAUGCAAGAUUCAGUGCACUCUUUUGUAUGAUGAAGUCUGAACACUGUAACUAAUUAUAUAUAUUUUUGUUUUAAUGUUUUGUUUUUAAAAUGAUAACCAGAAAUGUGGCUGCAAAGUUCUGACACUAAAUAAAUCACUGUUGGUGAUGAA